AUGCGUAUCGUGCACGCAGCCCUCCUCGCUAUCGCCACCGUUCUCGUAGUCCCUGCCUCUGUGCUUGCUGUUCCCGCCGCUAGCCCUGAGCCCACUGGCACAGAUGGGAAGAUCUUGAAUCACUCGGUUCACGUGAAAGUCAAUCAGAACAACUGA